UGACAUAGCUGUCUUUUUUAUGAAUUAUUUCAGACACACAUCUCCAAAUUUCCCCCUAGGAAAAAACCCUUCCCUCUUCGCCUCCCUCUCUCUCCCUCUUCCUCAAGUUCAAAACGAAACCUCCCAUUCCCUCUAUCCACACUUCCCUCAGAUCUCAAGGUGAACAUUUCUCGGGUACCCAUUUUGCAUUUCCCUGCAGAGAAGAGUUUUGUGAUAUAUAGGCAAAGGAGAUCAGCAGAAGGGAGUGGCGUUUGAGAACGUGGAUAUCUCUCAUGUGAGAUGAAGAAGACGACCCUCUUCACCCAUUUUGAUCUCUCGCUCCUCAUUGUUUCCUUUCUCGGUGCAGUCUCCGUCUGUGCCGCUGAACGGCUCCUUAUCACCCCCAAUGGAGGCCUUACCGACGCCGAAGCCUUGUACAUCAGGCAGCGUCAGCUCCUGUACUACAGGGACGAGUUCGGAGACAGAGGUGAGAAUGUCUACGUCGACCCAUCUCUGGUCUUCGAAAACUCAAGACUUAGAGAUGCUUAUAUAGCUUUGCAAGCUUGGAAGCAAGCUAUUCUCUCUGAUCCCUUCAAUCUAACUAGUGACUGGGUUGGAUCUAGUGUCUGUAAGUACACUGGGGUGUUCUGUGCCCCUGCACCUGAUAACCCCAAGAUCCGAACCGUCGCUGGCAUUGAUCUUAACCACGGUGACAUUGCUGGGUACUUGCCGGAGGAGCUCGGGCUACUCGUUGAUCUUGCAUUGUUCCACAUUAACUCGAACAGGUUUUGUGGUACCGUGCCGCACAAGUUCAAGAACCUGAAGCUUUUGUUCGAGUUUGAUAUCAGUAACAAUCGCUUUGCCGGUAAGUUCCCAGUGGUGGUGUUGAACCUCCCGCAGCUCAAGUUCCUGGAUCUGAGGUUCAAUGAGUUUGAAGGGACUGUACCCAGGGAGCUGUUCGACAAGCCAUUGGACGCAAUCUUCAUCAAUCACAACAGGUUCAGGUUCGAUCUACCAGACAAUUUCGGGAACUCGCCGGUGUCGGUGAUCGUGCUGGCCGACAACAAGUUCCACGGCUGCAUCCCGGCGAGCAUAGGCAAAAUGUCCAACCUCAACGAGAUCAUCAUGAUGAACAACGGGUUCAGAUCUUGCUUGCCUGUCGAAAUUGGGUUGCUCGCGAAUUUGACGGUGUUCGAUGUGAGUUUCAACGAGCUAUUGGGCCCAUUACCGGACUCCUUUGGCAACCUGUUCAGCAUCGAACAGCUCAAUGUAGCCCACAACUUGCUGUCCGGGAAAAUCCCUGCCGGUAUCUGUAAAUUACCGAAUCUUCAGAACUUCACCUUCUCGUAUAACUUCUUCACUGGCGAGCCACCGGCGUGCUUGAGCCUUCCAGACUUCAGCGACCAGAGGAACUGCUUGCCCAAUAGUCCGGUCCAGAGGUCCGCCGGGCAAUGUAAGUCGUUCUUGUCUAAGCCUGUGGAUUGCAAUUCCUUUAGAUGUUCACCUUUCACUCCCGUUCUCCCUGCACCUACUCCACCUUCUCCACCUCGUCCUGCACCUUCGCCGCCUGUCCUCUCAUUUCCACCACCGUCUACACCGGUAUUAUCGCCUCCACCAUCUCCACCGGUCUUAUUGCCACCACCAUCGCCACCAGUCCUAUCGCCACCACCGUCGCCACCGGUCCUAUCGCCACCUUCUCCACCGGUCUCGUCGCCACCUUCUCCACCAGUGUACUCCCUGGCUCCACCUCCGCCUCCUUCGCCACCGACAACACGACCACCAGUUCAUUCAACACCCCCACCGCCACCUCCAGUAUAUUCUCCACCUCCACCUUCACCGUCACCACUCCAACCGUCUCCUCCACUACCUUCGCCACCAUUGCCACCUGAAUCUGCACCACCGACCUCACCGCCGCCACCUACUCCACACUAUGUGGGCUCUCCACCACCGCCGCCAGUUCCUUCGUUGUCCCCACAGCCAUCGCUACCAUACUAUAAUUCACCACCUCCGCCUCAGCAUUCACCACCUCCACCGCCCCCGCCUCCACCUCCUAUUUAUCCCCAUCUAUCACCUCCUACGCCUCCAACGUCUGUCUAUUCUUCACCUCCCCCACCCCCACCCCCGCCUCCUACAGUUUACAAUUCGCCACCCCCACCACCCCCUCCAGUUCCAUGUGAACCACCCCCUCCGUCACCACCACCGCCAAUUGUUUAUGAAAGCCCGCCACCUCCGACUCCAGUAUACGAGGGGCCUUUGCCACCAAUCACCGGAGUUUCAUAUGCAUCUCCUCCGCCACCGCCCUUCUACUGAUUCUUUUGAGAAUUUUCCUCUUUACCUUUCGUCAACCACGAGCAGAACUCACAUUUAUGGGAACGGCCGUUGCUUCUUUUUCCUCAUCCUGUGCUCUAUCUCCACCUACCCUUCUUUCUCGUUGGGCGAUUCUCGCCGCUCACGGAGGAAGGAUAAACAUAGAGAACGUAAAAGGGUGUGUCGCAGCUCUAGAAAUGAUCUCCUGCAUUGUUGUCCAAGAAGUAGGGAAGAGGUGAAAGAUAGAGAGAGAGACUGCGAAGAGAGAACGGUGAGAGGAGAAAGUCGCUACAGCAUUUAUUUUGAAUUGUUAUGGAUAUUUGAGUUGUGAAAUAAAAUUUGGCAGUGGAAGAGUAGGGUUGCAGAAAAAGUGUAUGUAUAGGGAUGAAAACUGGAGACCAUAAUUCAGUACUGCAUGGUACAAAGGCAGCACUUUCUGCUGCUGCUUCAUGUUUGUGGGUUUUAUUGUUGUUAUGUCUCUCUUUGAUAUCAUAUUUUUGUUUCUUAUUCCUUUCCUAUUUAUGGUAUAAUCAUGAACAUUUUAUUUGUAUUUGAUUCUCUAAAUUCAGAUCAAUUCCUUUCUCAA